AUGAACAUGAGGCACAUGGCAGGCAAAUCGAAAUUGCUACAUAUGCGGUAUUCCAAGAUACCAAAGAACAUUGACAGUUGCAGUCUCGGUGCCAUGGGCCUCUGUGAACCUGCUUCAAUCCAGCGCCGAGGCAGAAGGGAGGCGAGACAACAGGCAUCUAUGGGACUGCAGUUGAGAAACAUCCAGGUGUUGUUUCUGGUACUGAUGGUUGUGGCUGCACCGUUUCUUCGCUGUGCUGCUGUGGCUGGUGGCGUGGUCCCCCGAACGAGAAUGGCCACACCUGCAGACGACGACGAUUCCUUGGUGACACUCACGAACUGCUUUCCCGGCGUUAUACUCGGUGGUUUGCUCAACACCUACACCUGUAAAGUGAACAAUGACCAAACACUGAUUGGUUUGGACCUCUCCGCCUCGUACUACACCCCAAUAGGUCUCAUUACUGGGUGGCCGGCGACUCUUGAUAUUGAAAACAAUAAAAUUACAUUCAUGCCUAGUUGGGGGGCGCCUUCAGGACGUUGGGAAUUGGUCAUUACAGGGCGUCCUGACAUUUCAAGCACUGCCACACCUCGGACGAGCAAUAAAAGCAUGGGCUUCAUGCUGAUUGCAGAGACCAAUGCGAAUUUCGCUUCAGAAUAUCCAUAUUACGGUAUGGGUGUAUCGUUUGCGCCCAAUGUCCCGAGUGGCACCACGGCUUCCGACUACAUGCUGCUCCGCUCUUUCAAUGACUGCCGGUACACCACUACAACCUGCACCGACACUGUUGG